AGCUGGCUUUGUACUGGGAGAAUGUGAACUAAAAUAUAAAAAUGCUGGCAACAGCGAAGAAAGUCUCCCUCCCAUCCCACUCCAUGCAACCGUGUCGAAAUCGGCUUGGUGAGGAAUAUUAAUGGCGUGGCCAGCUGUACUCGUUAUUGUCCCUGUUGGAAUCAUUUUCAUACUCUCUGGUCUCAUUGUUAAUCUCAUCCAGGCAGUUCUUUUCAUCCUUGUUCGUCCCUUGUCCAAGAGCCUGCACAGAAGGAUCAACAAAAUAGUUGCAGAAUUGCUUUGGUUGGAGCUCAUAGUGCUCGUUGAUUGGUGGGCAAAUCUGAAGAUUGAAGUGUAUGCAGAUGAUGAAACUUUUGAAUUGCUAGGUAAAGAACAUGCGCUUGUCAUUAGCAAUCACAAGAGUGACCUUGAUUGGCUUGUCGGAUGGAUCUUAGCUCAGCGCUCAGGUUGCCUUGGCAGUGCACUAGCUGUCAUGAAGAAAGAAGCUAAAGUCCUGCCUGUGAUAGGUUGGUCAAUGUGGUUUUCUGAUUAUGUGUUUCUGGAAAGAAGCUGGGGUAAGGAUGAAAGAACAUUGCAGUCAGGUUUUGAAUGGCUAGAAGAUUUUCCGAUGCCUUUUUGGCUGGCUCUUUUUGUGGAGGGAACUCGCUUCACACAGGCUAAACUUCUAGCGGCACAGGAAUUUGCUGCUUCCAGAGGAAGUCCUGUUCCUAGAAAUGUUUUGAUUCCACGUACCAAGGGUUUCGUGUCAGCAGUAACUCAUUUGCGUUCAUUUGUUCCAGCAAUUUAUGAUGCAACGGUGGCUGUUGCAAAUUGUCAGCCUGCACCAACAUUCCUAACAAUAUUCAGGGGUCAAUCUUCUGUGAUAAAGGUGCUUUUGGAGCGACAUUCAAUGCAGGAACUUCCAGAAACAGCCGAUGGAAUAGCUCAAUGGUGCAAAGAUGCAUUUGUGACCAAGGAUGCUGUGUUGGAGAAAUAUUUUGCCAAGGACAUCUUCAGUGAUAAGAAACUUCAAGACAUUGGCCGACCUAAAAAGUCUUUGUUUGUUAUGAUUUUCUGGUCAAGUCUCCUUGCCUAUGCCACUGUCAGGUUAUUCCAAUGGCUGUCAUUAUUCCUAGCCUCAUGGGAAGUCGUUGCAUUUUCAAUUGCUUUCUUGUUCCUCGUGACAAUUAUUAUGCAAAUUCUUAUUCAAUCAUCGGAGUCAGAGCGCUCUACACCUGCAGCCAAUUUCACAUUAUCGGAAGGAACGAGGCAGAGGCUCCUUCCAAGAUAAUCGUUGGAUGUGGAGCCUGUCACUGAAAAAAAAACAUAAAAUUAAUGGAAGAAAACAAAGACGGGAAAAGUGAUUUCAUCUGCUCAGAAAUGAUCUGUUGCCGUGUAUGAUAACUUGAUUAUGGACUUGGUAAGUAAUAAUUUAUAGUGUUCUUUGUAUAUAACUGUUUUCUUGUAUUUGUGGAACUCUGGCUUGUUCCUAUAGUUUGAUUCCUUCAUCUUUACUUCUAUCA